UCAUUUUGUCCGCUCAGAACUGUAGCUGGUUACGUUCUUUACUCGGGGAAAUUCACUGCAUAAACAGAAGAUAAACGAUCCAGUGUUUUGUUUUGUGUUCUAUUUACUUCGCCAAAGCCGUGUUUUUAUCAGCGCGUUAUCAGCCUUAGCGUCGUGAUCAUGGAUGUUCAGAGGGCGAUUAACACCAUGCAUACGCGACUGAAAGUAGUGUCGUUUGUUCAUUUUGUGCUCAUUGUGCUGGCAUUGGAAGGCGUGUGGCUACCAUCUGCUUAUCUGUUUUAUAAUUUGCUAUAUCUGAUAACAUUGUUUUGGUCAAUACAUUGCCGAGAAUCGACGGAUGCUGUACAGAUAGCUGCUGUAAUCAACGCGUUCAGCUUCGUCUUCGAUUUGAUUGGCGUAGUUUUCUACUUUCCUUCUCACGGCAUCUUUUCCGCCGUCUGUGCUAUCUUGAAUCUGGCCCUGCGACCAUUUAGCCUAUUGCUUUUGCAGCGGGAACUUUCGGAUCGUGGCGGAAGUUUCGCAAUCGGUGCUGGUGGAGCGAUUGUGGGUGAUAAUCCAACUUCCUACGAGGAUAUUGAUGCACCGCACCAAAUGACACCGUCUCACGCGCAGUUAAAUGCUCCAAUCUUCAAGUAAGGCAUUCUCGAAUCUCGACAGCUGCAUUAUUUGAAGCAAGCCAUUCUCGAAUAUCGAAUCUCGACAGCUGAAUUACAUUCUGAUACAAGUGUAGCAGGGAGUUUCCAUUUAACAAUUCCGGAUAAGUAUAACAUCUAGUUGCCUCACAACAUUGCUCAAGACACCUAUUUUUGUUGUGUAACUUGAAGCAUGUUUGCGGUUUAUUUGCUGCGACUAAACCAAACAAAAAAAAUGGUAAAAAUUAGAAAAAGACUUAUUCGAAAAUGGUAAAUGCGGACUAACGGAUAGAUCAAUAAGUGAAUGUAUAUCUAAAUCGUAAAAACGAAUACACGCUGAUGGUCUUGUGAAAAAUGGCUGAUACUAUGCUACUAGGAUGUAUUUGUUUAAUAAAUGGUUCGUGUAAUGUAUUUAAAGUAA